AUGAAAUGUCCCGUUUGUCAGAAACCGCAUCUAUUAUUUGCGUGUCCGGAAUUUCGAAAUAAACCCGCAAGCGAACGUCGAGAAAUAGCUCAAAGGGUUCGGUGCUGUUACAAUUGUCUGAGUACCAAGCAUAAUCGGAAAAAUUGCCAAAGCAAACAUACGUGUCAACAGUGUCAACAGAAGCAUCAUACUCUUCUCCACGAAGUCGACACGAGUAAAGUUAAUGAAGCACGCUCUCCGACUGCGAGCACCUCGACGGCGGAUGAACCCGUCUCGAUUAAUACGCACGUUGUUUCACGCGUUAACUUUUCAAAAACUGGCAUUCUACUAGCGACAGCUUGGGUCGCGGUUCAUAGCGCUACCGGUACCCGGGACGUCGUACGCGCAUUAUUGGAUCAGGGCUCGGUCACAACUCUCAUUUCAGAACGAUUAGCUCAACGCUUGCGACUUAAGCGAUCUCGUGUUUCAGUCUCGAUAACAGGCAUCGGAUGCGCGGCGUCCGUUGCCAAACAAGCAGCACGGAUUGACAUCUCCCCCCGCGACAUGUCAGGUCCUGUGUUGUCCGUGACUGCGUUGAUAUUAAAGACAUUAACAAAUUACAUUCCACAGCGCGUAGAAUCUCUCGCCGAGUUGGAAUAUCUGCGCUCUCUCAAUCUAGCCGACAGCGAUCCAACAAGCUCGGAGCCCAUCGAUAUCAUUAUUGGAGCUGACCUUUACGGAUCAGUUCUGAGAUCAGGCAUUCGAUCGCGAUCUUCACAAGAACCCGUAGCGCAAAACUCCAUUUUCGGGUGGAUUCUCUCCGGACCUAUGUUCACGGAACUAGAGUCCGCCUCCCAUCAGUUAUCGACGCAUCACUGCACAGUGUAUGCGGACCUCGAUAUGCAGUUGAAGCGCUUUUGGGAGAUUGAAGAACUCCCUCGUUCGCGUCACAUAUCUCCGGAGGAAAAGCGGUGCGAAGAACAUUUCGCGUCGACUCAUUCUCGCUCUCCGACCGGGAGAUACAUAGUCAGGCUCCCAUUCAAAACGCCUCCUCCAUUGAGCCUCGGCGAUUCAAGGUCGGCGGCUCUAGCCUUGUAUACUCGAGCCGAAGCUCGUUUGAAAGCGCGGCCUGAACAAGCAACCGAAUACCACGCGUUUUUACAAGAGUAUAAACAAUUAGGACACAUGAUGAAAGUGUCAUCGCCGCGCCACAAUUCUAAUCAAAUAAUUUACAUUCCUCAUCAUGCAGUCAUACGUGAACACAGUGCCACGACCCAUCUGCGUGUCGUGUUCAAUGCCUCCUCGCCUACGUCAAAUGUUGAUCAACGCGACACCGACUAUCAACGGAUUCUUUGGCGAUCCGAUGUCGACGCUCCGAUAGAAGACUAUCAAUUGCAAACCGUGACUUACGGUACAGCAAGCGCACCUUACUUGGCCAUCCGAGUUUUAAACCAACUCGCUCUCGAUGACGGCCAUGACUUUCCCGCCGCAGUACCAGUCCUUCAACAGCAUACUUAUGUUGAUGAUUGUGUUUUCGGCGCAGACGAUAUCCCGCUCGCUCGUAAGACAAAGGAUCAGCUUGUAUCCUUACUCAAUAGAGCAGGCUUUCAACUUCGCAAGUGGGCAAGCAACAAUCAGUCGUUGCUUGCUGAUAUCGAUCCUCAUGAUCAUGGUCUGGCGCAAGCCAAGACCCUGCAAACGGACGAUUCUCUAAAGGUCUUGGGUCUCAAAUGGAACCCAUACGUUGACGCGUUUCAGUUUGAAAUAUCGCUGUCGACCGAGGUUCCUGCAACAAAACGCGCCGUUUUAGCGACCAUCGCUACCAUAUUUGAUCCACUUGGGUGGUUAACACCCGUCGUAAUAACAGCGAAGAUCUUUAUGCAAAAACUGUGGACGGCGCGAUGUGAGUGGGACGCCGUGCUUCCCCAUGAAUUGUUCGCUGCUUGGCGUAGCUACUACGCGCACCUAUCGACUCUGCGCGAGAUUUUAAUUCCGCGAUGGAACGGGUAUGGGUCCGACACGGUUUCAGCGGAAAUUCAUGGAUUCGCAGACGCGUCUACUGCCGCGUAUGGAGCCGUCGUUUAUUUAAAACUGACCAAACGUAACGGAUCAGUCAAAAUCACGUUGAUGAGCGCGAAAUCUAAAGUCGCCCCGCUUAAACCCCUCACGGUUCCGCGGUUGGAAUUAUCCGCGACGGUGUUAUUAGCUCGCCUCAUUGCAUUCGUGCGAACUCUGAUCCCUAUCCCUUCAAUGAUUUGUCACUGUUGGACAGAUUCCACGGUCGUACUAGCAUGGCUCAAGCAAUCUCCCGCUCGAUGGAAAAUUUUCGUGGCCAAUAGGGUCCACGAGGUUCAAAGUCAAGUUCCAGACGCGAUAUGGCACCACGUUCCAUCACCGCAAAACCCUGCCGAUCUCGCUUCACGAGGCGUCCAGCCGGCCGACCUAAAGGAGCAUUUAUUAUGGUGGCAAGGCCCCGCGUGGCUUCAGUUACCCUCGACUCAAUGGCCGGAGGGAAGUGAAUCUGUCACAACAGAGUCGCUUACGGAGGCUCGCGCUCAUGUACAUAUCGCUCAAACCCCCAACGAAUGGGAAUUAAUGACGCGUUUUUCGUCAUGGACAAAAUUAUUGCGAGUGACCGCAUAUAUACGGCGAUUCACGCAACGUCUUCGAUAUCGCCGGUCACAGCCAUUGGCGAGCCCUAACGCUCCGGUGAACAUCACCAAACUAUCGCUGUCGCUAGCACCGGAUGAGAUUGAUUCCGCGCGAAAAUUUUGGUUGAAGUCCAUUCAACAACAACUGUUCUCGACAGAGCUGUUACGUUUAAAGGACGUAAGUCCGUGCAAAAGGGCAGCAAACUAG